CAGUGCCCUCCUGCUGGUGGCCCUCACCCUGUUCUGCAUCUGCGGGCUGGCCACAGGGGAGGACAACGCUGAGUUUUUCAUGGACUUCCUACAAACACUGCUGGUGGGGACCCCAGAGGAGCUCUAUGAGGGGCCCCUGGGCAAGUACAAUGUCAACCAGGAUGCCAAGGCAGCCCUGACUGAACUCAAGUCCUGCAUAGACGGCCUGCAGCCCAUGCACAAGGCACAGCUGGUCCAACUGCUGGUGCAAGUGAUGGGCAGUGUGGACGAUGCCUAAGUGGACCACACCGAGGCUCAGCCACAGGACCGAGCACACAGGCAGCCAUGGACACGCUGCCCCCCAUCACCUCCCCACAUGGAAAUUCGCCUC